AUGCCACUAAAUGUACAUUCACAGAAUGAAUAUCUUACAUGGGCCAAAGCCGAGAAAUUUGUCUCGAUGUUACCAAGAGACACCAAGCGCCGCAAGCUAGAUGCUGCUGCUGACUCUCAAGCACGACUCAACACCCACCUCCAUGAGCCGCAACCAAAGGAACGGAUCAUCCCAUACUCAGAUGCAAUCUUCCGCGAGGCCGCCAUCGAAUGGCUGAUUGAAACUGACCAGCCUAUUGACGCACUCAACCACAAGUCCUUCAAAUAUAUGAUUGAUGUAGCAGCACGAGCUACCAACGGUGUCAAACUACCUAGUCGACCAAAGACACGCCAAGCCAUUAUCGACCUCUUCAAGUGUAAUCUCACCAACCUUCGCUGA